CUGUUCUGACAGCAGAGCAGAAAUCUGGAGUCUGUCUGCGCCGCUCCCCCUCCUCCCACCACGUCUCACCCCCCAAGUUGCUGUUUUCCACAGAAAUAGACCCUGAUGGACACGAAGUGGGUGACCUCAGAGCUGGCAUGGACAACCCAUCCAGAGACGGGGUGGGAAGAGGUCAGUGGUUACGACGAGGCUAUGAACCCCAUCCGCACGUACCAGGUGUGCAACGUGCGGGAGGCCAACCAGAACAACUGGCUUCGCACCAAGUUCAUUCAGCGCCAGGACGUUCAGCGUGUCUACGUGGAGCUGAAAUUCACCGUGCGAGACUGCAACAGCAUCCCCAACAUCCCUGGUUCCUGCAAAGAGACCUUCAACCUCUUCUAUUAUGAGUCGGAUACGGAUUCUGCAUCUGCUAAUAGCCCUUUCUGGAUGGAGAACCCCUAUAUCAAAGUGGAUACAAUUGCUCCGGAUGAGAGCUUCUCCAAACUGGAGUCCGGCCGUGUGAACACCAAGGUGCGCAGCUUUGGGCCGCUCUCCAAGAAUGGCUUUUACCUGGCUUUCCAGGACCUGGGGGCCUGCAUGUCCCUCAUCUCCGUCCGGGCUUUCUACAAGAAAUGUUCCAACACCAUCGCUGGCUUUGCUAUCUUCCCGGAGACCCUAACGGGGGCUGAGCCCACGUCGCUGGUCAUUGCACCAGGCACCUGCAUCCCCAACGCAGUGGAGGUGUCUGUGCCCCUGAAGCUGUACUGCAACGGUGACGGCGAGUGGAUGGUGCCUGUGGGAGCUUGCACGUGUGCUGCAGGGUACGAGCCAGCCAUGAAGGACACCCAGUGCCAAGCAUGCGGCCCGGGAACGUUCAAAUCCAAGCAGGGCGAGGGCCCCUGCUCCCCCUGCCCUCCCAACAGCCGCACCACCUCGGGAGCAGCCACGGUCUGCAUAUGUCGCAGCGGCUUCUUCCGAGCAGACACCGACCCCGCAGACAGCGCCUGCACCAGUGUGCCCUCAGCCCCACGCAGCGUCAUCUCCAACGUGAAUGAGACGUCGUUGGUGCUGGAGUGGAGCGAGCCGCAGGACGCGGGCGGGCGGGAUGACCUGCUCUACAACGUCAUCUGCAAGAAGUGCAGCGUGGAGCGGCGGCUGUGCACGCGCUGCGACGACAACGUGGAGUUCGUGCCGCGCCAGCUGGGCCUCACUGAGCGACGCAUCUACAUCAGCAACCUGAUGGCCCACACCCAGUACACCUUCGAGAUCCAGGCGGUGAAUGGCAUCUCCAGCAAGAGCCCCUACCCUCCCCAUUUCGCCUCCGUCAACAUCACGACCAACCAGGCAGCUCCAUCUGCCGUGCCCACCAUGCACCUGCACAGCAGCACUGGAAACAGCAUGACACUCUCAUGGACUCCCCCAGAGAGGCCCAACGGCAUCAUUCUUGACUAUGAAAUCAAGUACUCUGAGAAGCAGGGCCAGGGCGAUGGCAUUGCCAACACUGUCACCAGCCAGAAGAACUCGGUGCGGCUGGACGGGCUGAAGGCCAAUGCCCGGUACAUGGUGCAGGUCCGGGCGCGCACAGUGGCUGGAUACGGCCGCUACAGCCUCCCCACCGAGUUCCAGACGACUGCAGAGGAUGGCUCCACCGGCAAGACUUUCCAGGAGCUGCCUCUCAUCGUGGGUUCGGCCACCGCGGGACUGCUGUUUGUCAUCGUGGUGGUCAUCAUCGCUAUCGUCUGCUUCAGGAAAGGGAUGGUUACUGAACAACUCCUCUCGUCUCCUUUGGGCAGGAAGCAGCGCAACAGCACAGAUCCUGAGUAUACAGAGAAGCUGCAGCAGUAUGUCACUCCUGGGAUGAAGGUCUACAUUGACCCCUUCACCUAUGAAGACCCCAAUGAAGCUGUCCGGGAAUUCGCCAAAGAGAUUGAUAUCUCCUGCGUCAAAAUCGAGGAGGUCAUUGGAGCAGGGGAGUUCGGUGAGGUGUGCCGCGGGCGCCUGAAGCUGCCUGGCCGCCGCGAGAUCUUUGUGGCCAUCAAGACACUGAAGGUGGGCUACACAGAGAGGCAGCGGCGGGACUUCCUGAGCGAGGCCAGCAUCAUGGGCCAGUUCGACCACCCCAACAUCAUCCACCUGGAGGGUGUGGUGACCAAGAGCCGCCCCGUCAUGAUCAUCACAGAGUUCAUGGAGAACUGCGCUCUCGACUCCUUCCUCCGGCUGAAUGAUGGGCAGUUCACAGUCAUCCAGCUGGUGGGGAUGCUGCGAGGCAUCGCUGCCGGCAUGAAGUACCUCUCAGAGAUGAACUACGUGCACCGGGACCUGGCUGCCCGCAACAUCCUGGUCAACAGCAACUUGGUCUGCAAAGUGUCAGACUUCGGGCUGUCCCGCUUUUUGGAGGAUGAUCCGGCCGACCCCACCUACACCAGCUCCCUGGGAGGCAAGAUCCCCAUCAGGUGGACAGCUCCUGAGGCCAUCGCCUACCGCAAAUUCACGUCGGCCAGCGACGUGUGGAGCUACGGCAUCGUCAUGUGGGAAGUGAUGUCCUAUGGGGAGCGACCCUACUGGGACAUGUCCAACCAGGAUGUGAUCAACGCGGUGGAGCAGGAUUACCGCCUGCCACCCCCCAUGGACUGCCCCACAGCGCUGCACCAGCUGAUGCUGGACUGCUGGGUGCGGGACCGCAACCUGCGGCCCAAGUUUGCACAGAUCGUCAACACGCUGGACAAGCUGAUCCGCAAUGCUGCCAGCCUGAAGGUCAUUGCCAGCGUCCAGUCUGGUGUCUCCCAGCCCCUCCUGGACCGCACCGUGCCCGAUUACACCACCUUCACCACCGUGGGAGACUGGCUGGAUGCCAUCAAAAUGGGACGGUACAAGGAGAACUUCGUCAACGCCGGCUUCGCCUCCUUUGACUUGGUGGCGCAGAUGACAGCAGAGGACCUGCUGAGGAUAGGAGUGACGCUAGCAGGGCACCAGAAGAAGAUCCUGAGCAGCAUUCAGGACAUGAGACUGCAGAUGAACCAGACGCUGCCGGUUCAGGUUUGACCGCAGGGGACUCUGCAUUGGAACGGACUGAGGGAACCUGCCAACCAGGUUCUGUUUGCGGUGCAGCCCGGCUUCCCGAUUUCCCCUUCCCGUGGCGCUCCUCUGCCUCGGACGCUCGCCGGGGACAGGCUGGGCCGGGCCACCCUUCCCUGGAUCGGAGGCACUCGUGCCAAGAGGGAGCCCAGCUUUUCGUCCCGUGUCCCGCAGCGGCGAGGCAGUGACGCAGUCUUCAUAUUGAAGAUGGAUUAUGGGACGGAGAUGGCGCAUCCCGCUUCCCGCCCUGUCUCAGUGCUCAUCAGUUUGAAGAGAUGUUCUGCUUCUUGGAUUUCUUUACACCCCGGUUUUUCCCUCUCAAGUCCUCACUUUCCCCUAUCCCUGAUGCCACAGACUGUUGACCCGUCCACUGAGUCCGUCAGAUGCUCCGAAGCCUUCACCGAGCCCGGUACCCUCGUGGAGACGGCGCAAGGGACAGGGCUAAGGCCCAGACAAUCACUCCACCCCUCCGCACAAGGGUCCUCACUGGGACGUGUCUGAAGGGGAAAGGCUCUGCUCCCUUUUUGGCUUUGCACGCCAGAACCCGAACCCCGUGAGAUUUACUAUGCAGGGAGUUAGGCAAAAAAAAAAAAAUAAUAAUAAUAAUAGAGAGAGAUAUAUUAAAAAAAAAAAAAGAGGGUGCAGAAAGGGGACCCUCUUGGUUCUCGUGGCUGGCUCUGGACUGCAGAGUGAGGCCAUCAGCACGUUUGCACAGGGACCCUCCAGCCCCCGAAGCGGGGCCGGGAGCGGGGUCAGGGCCACACGGAGGCCUGGCCUCCCCCAGCCUCCUGUUUUAUGCAGAAGGAGCGGGUGCCGCUCCUGCCACACGCUGUGAUUGCUGCCAAAAGACUCACUCACCUUCCUCUGACUUCACUGCAGCCCGCUUCCUCCGUGCUGAGGGCGAGACUCCCAGCGUGCGUGAGUGUGCGUGAGUGUGUGCGUGUGUGCGUGAGUGCUGGCCGGCAGGACUGUGCGAGGCAAUGGGCAGAAUAAAGGCAAUAAGAAUUUUA